UUUGUUUCAUUUCACAUCUCGUUCUCGUACCGUUCACAACGUACGUUCAGUUUUCUCUCAGUUAACGAAAAAUAAAGACGCACUCGUCUUUCGGAAUUUCAUCAGUUCAGUGUGUUCGCUGAAGGAGUACCAGAAAGCAAAUCAAAACAGUUUCGUGUGAGUGAGACAUCCUCAAACAAGAAAAAAAAACAACGGAAGCCGAUUGGACAAUACGUUCUGGCGAAAGUGAAGUGAAGUUACGCCACUAGAAAGGCAAAAGGACACAAGCAAGUCAAGUGCAAGGAUACGUGAAGUGAUCUACCAAAAAACACACAAUCAUGGUGUAUGCAAAUAUGGUAGCAGAGCCGACGAUGGGUGGCAAAAUCCCUCAGCCCAGUUCGCUGGAACCACUAUCCCGGACAUACCAGUACCGUAAGGUGAUGAAACCGAUGCUGGAACGGAAGCGCCGUGCUCGUAUCAAUCGUUGCCUGGAUGAACUGAAAGAGUUGAUGGUUUCGGCUCUGCAGUCUGAAGGCGAAAAUGUUUCCAAGUUGGAGAAGGCCGACAUCCUGGAACUUACCGUUCGUCAUCUGCACAAACUCCGCCGGCAGCAGCGUUUGACAGUUAAUCCCGUUAUUGAUGCCGAUCGGUUCCGCGCCGGAUUCACUCAUGCCGCCAACGAAGUUUCCCGCUGCCUAGCCUCCACCGCUGGUGUUGACAUCAAGCUUGGUACAAAACUUAUGACCCACCUCGGACACCGCCUCAACGAUAUGGACAAAGUUUCUCCGCUGUCCGUGCACGUCGAACAGAACAUGCAAAGUCCUCCGAUCUCGCCGUUCUCAACCUCAUCAUCUUCUGCAGUCGAUAUGCAAUCCUACCAGAUGCCACUGACCCCGCAGUCGUUCCGCUCCGGCAGUGGAAACUCCAACAGUCCAUCUCCAAACCCCAGCGAGUGCUCCACCGGCUCCAGUGAUCAGCCCACUUCCGAUCUGCUCAAGAUCCAGGAGUCCGUUUGGCGGCCGUGGUAAAUCUUCUCCAUUUUUUCACCGCAAACUUCAAAUUACGAAUGGAACCGGUACCAGUGACAGCAAGACUUAUCACUCCAACGCAACCAAAUUCCUCAAUCCAGAGAUCUCAAAAGACGAGAAGAUGAAGACAAAACAGAACAAAAAGCAGUUCAUUCAAACAAUCAAUCGUAUGGGUAUAGCUUUAAUAGGAGAUAGGACUUUUUUCACUCUAAUUGUUUAAGAGUUUGUGAUAUUACCGUUCUUUAGGGACUAGGUCUUAAGGUUAUCUUUUGUUAGUGCUUUUUCGCUGAGAAAGAAUCUGUUUUAUUUCUGCAUUUUAGCUCAGAAAACAUUUUAGCCAGUAGCAGAUGUUUGUUCGAAUAAGACUUAUUAGAUUGUUUACAAAUUGCGCAGUUUGUUGCAAUUUCUGUGAUUAAUAUGAGCAAAACAUGAGAAUCAAAAAACUACUUUGGUAAAAUUUUACUAAGCAAAAAAUAAAAACAAAAUACAAUCAAAUAUUGGAAAAAAUUAAAACUUAUUUUU